AUGAGCAACACCCUCUGCCUUCUUGAGUUUGUGUGCAACCUGCGAUGGGUGCUGUCAUACGCAGUUCAGCGUCUUGAUCCUGUUUUGGAGGCGCACUACGCCCAUGUCAUUGAGCGUGCCAGACAGGCUGAAUCGGAUGUUUUUCGAUCUUAUUCUUCGGUGAAGUCUCUGGUGGAGGUUUCACGUGACGCACUAACUUUGGCGCAGGAAGGUAUUGUUUACCUUCUUGUUGCCGAGGGCGUACUGGGCCAUUGCCCUCCCACUAUGCAUUCCUUCCUGCUGCGCGCAACGACGUCUUCCGACUCCCGCGCGUUGAGUGAUUGUACGUGCCAGAGUGAUGUUUCGAGUUUGUCCCAGUUACAGAGUGCAAGAAACGUGUACCAGGCUCAUUUCUUAUUUAUCCGCUGGCUUGUCGCCGAAGGGCUUUUGACAGACGAGGAGCUGCUAGACUCCCUGGGAGAUGAAGCGGAUGCUUCAGCUUGUGGACAGAAAAGCCGCUUUGAGCUGCAUGUUUCGAUGGCGAAGAGUCUCUCCAGUGGGAGCCCGUUUGCUCUUCAAGCACAUGUUAUACUCACAAGAUCCCUCAUAUUACAUCACUGCUGCAUAAUUCUUUCCGUGGAUGACAUCCUGGCGCACGUCCGUUUUCUUGAUCCCAUGUGCAGUGGGACAUUGGAAAGCAUAGAAGACGCCCUUGUGUUCUGGAUGCAUCAUGUCCUGAAGGUCAUGCAUGAGAAAAAAAUGAUAACUGACCAAUUGUACGGAUUUGCCGCGAAAGAGCUGGGAGAUUCUCUUUAUCACUCUGUGCAGAGUGGCGUCGUCCUCGGUCUUAUUGUACAUUUUUACAAGCAAAACAUUCUUCCAUUGAGUCAUAUUUGCACUGCAUCAGGAGAAGGUGAAGAAACAACACGGUGCCGGGAACGUCGACUUCAGAACUGGGGUUCUUUGCUGCGUGUUUCGGAAGAGCUUGGUCUGUGGCCGUGCCUCUACGCAGAUGAAGUGGAGCUGUAUGGAGCUGUCGUGCUGCAGCUGCACGUUCUUCGGUUUGUGGGAGAACUGUUUGCGGUGCUUGCGACGCAGGCAGAAGACUUGGAAGAACACGGAGAGGACGCUUAUUGCAUGCCUUUGCAGCAAAAGAAAAAAGACGGGAAAACAGCGCAAUCGCAGGGCAUCAUGGACUUUGCGCGUGAAAGAAAAAGGAACGAAGCCACUUUGAAAAAUUGCCGUGUGGAAAAGGGGGACGACAUCAUUACUAUGGGGAAAGGAGACGAGGCGAACGUUGGUUCUUCACAGAACAGCAUUAGCGGUUAUCCUUCUGUUCACAGUCGACGUCAGUACGAUGUCAUGAUGGCAAGCCUGCAGAUGCGUGGAGUGGAAAUUGGGGUAUCGGGUCCGCCAAAGUCUUAUAGCAGCUCAAUGAAGAAACGUGAGUCGGCGGGUGCAGCAAAAGCAAAAUCAGGAGUAAUAGUAUUGGCAUCUACACCAUCAAUGAGAGCAGCGGCAGCGGCAUCAUCAUCCUCUUCAUCAUCCUCUUCCGGUACCGCUGGAUAUUUAUCAAGAACAGAUUCACGACGCUUUAUUCCAGAGAAAGUGACGCUCUCAAAGAAUCUCUCAAAUAUGGAGUUGGUCCAGUCUCAUUUAAACUCUGCAGACGGAGUUAUAAGAAGCGAUGUGGUUCAAGCGAGGCAACCAAUAGCCAUAAAUCCUCCGCGUUUGCCUUUUGUGGCCAAUGCAAACGCUGUAACGACCUCUCCCAUUUCCAGCAAUUCCCCCGUUACCACUGCUCUUUCUGCAAUUGCCCCAGCUCUCAUUCAGGAAAGCUUUCAUGUCACACUAUCCAUGGAAUCUGUGGUAAGAGCCUCCAAUCUGUAUGAUCAAGUUUCUUUUUUAGAUGCGAAAGACUCGGGCAAAUUGUUUUCUCCGAACUCCACUGUGAAUGGAAUCCAUAGUAAUAUGAAAGAAAGAGCAUCGUGCACGACUACAGAGAGUUCCUUUCCGAUUAAUUUAGCUGGGAAUUUGGGUUCCCCACCCCAGAGUAGAGAGAUGGAGACUGCCCGAAACCUCACGAGUUUGUCGAGGUCCCAUUCAAAUUUACGGGGGCAGGGGGACAUGGAGUCUGAAGGUGUAUCUCCCAUGACUCCUGAAUUAGCAACGGAUCAGAGCGAUGCACACUCUCAGACGGCUCUAACAUCAUUUAAUCAGCAGCAUCUUAGUUCUCUGAGGAGUCAAUGUCAACGGCGUCGGUCGGAGGCGCACCGGAAGCUUGAGGAAAGAUUGAAGGAUUUACUGCGAGACCUUUCAGCAGUGGAUCAUUCAUCCGUCCAAUCUACAGCUGCUUUUCACACCCUUCUGCGGACUCUGGAAAAGCAGCAGGCGAUAAUUAAACGUUUGUCAAGUAGGCUUGCGGCGAUGAACGGGGGGAAUCCCUUAUGGCAUGACGAUGUGUGGUCAGGGAACGAAGGGGCCCCUGGCGUCAGCGAGGGACCGGGGUCGACACAUUUGCUUUGUUGCGAAUUCAAUUGUGGCUCAGAUGAUAGUGGGCAACAUGCUGAAACGGAAAUUUCUUCCAUCCCUGAUGCUUUCUUGGAUGACGAGAAGGCUCUCCUUGACCACUGA